AGGGCGGAAAGUAAUCAGCUGUUGUGAGCGUCAGCUGAGGCCGGUGACACCACACCUCCGCCUCACCCUCUCGGACACCUACUAGGACUGCCACACACACUCCAUCAACAUGAACUUUACAGAAGCUGUACGUGUUGCCCAAGAACAGUAUCCCAAGAAAGUGACCAAACCAAUUAAGUAUGGAACGGCGGGCUUCAGAUCCAGGGCAGAUGCAUUAGACUUCAUCAUGUACCGGAUGGGCCUCCUGGCAGGUCUCCGAGCACGUGACACAUCAUCUGUAAUUGGUGUUAUGAUCACUGCAUCACAUAACCCAGUACCUGACAAUGGAGUUAAGUUAGUGGAUCCCAUGGGAGAAAUGUUAGCCCCAGCCUGGGAGGUUCAUGCCACCACAUUGGUCAAUGCCACAGAUGAGGGCAUAGCCAGUGCUCUAGAGGGGAUUGUCAGUGAAGCUCACAUUGACACCAGCAAGAAGGCACUGGUGUUUGUUGGUCGUGAUACCAGGCCGAGCAGCAACCGUUUAUGUGAUGCAGUUAUUGCUGGUGUUACUGCAGUUGGAGGAGAGUUUAAGGAUUUUGGAAUUGUAUCCACUCCAAUAUUGCAUUAUGUAGUGACAUGCUACAAUGAUGGUGGAAAAUAUGGUGAAGCUACAGUACAAGGAUAUUACCAGAAGAUUUCCAGGGCGUUUAAUAAAUUACGUUCAUCCGGUACUUCCAAUGGCAACUAUGACCCAGUGAUCCUUUACGAUGGAGCUAAUGGUGUAGGAGCAUUGGCAAUGUCCGAGUUCUUGAAUAACAUGAAGAAGUCUUUAAAUGUCACCAUCUUCAACAAGGGAGAAGGUGUACUCAACCAUUUAUGUGGAGCUGAUUAUGUGAAGGUACAACAAAAAUGGCCAGAAGGUGUACCAAAGACUCAGAAUGUAAGAUGUGUAUCAGUUGAUGGUGAUGCUGAUCGUGUUAUCUACAGUUACCUUGAUAGUGAUGGAAAAUUCUACAUGUUGGAUGGAGACAAGAUUGCCACAUUGGUAGCCGGUUAUCUACAGGAGCUGGUAAAAGGUUCAGGACUACAACUUAAACUUGGUCUAGUACAAACUGCAUAUGCUAAUGGAGCAUCUACUGCCUACAUCACUGAGAAACUGGGAGUACCUGUGGCUUGUGCUAAAACUGGUGUUAAACAUUUACAUCAUAUGGCUUUGGAAUUUAACAUUGGUGUUUACUUUGAAGCUAAUGGUCAUGGAACUGUAAUUUUCUCCAAGACUGCAAGAGAGGCUAUUGAAACUGCUGCACAAGCCAAAAAUAACAGUGCAGAAAAGUUAUCACAAGUAUUAGAUGUCAUCAAUGAAACUGUUGGAGAUGCUAUCUCAGACAUGCUGCUUGUGGAAACUGUUCUUCAUGCCCGAGGCUGGUCUGUCUCGGACUGGAAUGAUGCAUACACUGAUCUUCCCAACAGACAAAUGAAGGUGACUGUUGCAGAUAGGGCAGUGAUCACUACAACUGAUGCAGAGCGAGUAUGUGUGACACCAGAAGGUUUACAGAACACUAUCAACAAAAUUGUUAAGGCCUUCCUGAAGGGCAGAUCUUUUGUACGACCAUCAGGAACAGAGGACAUUGUCCGUAUUUAUGCUGAAGCUUCCACACAAGAAGAAGCGGAUAAUUUAGCAAUUCAGGUUGCUUGUGCUGUGUAUGAACAUGCAGGUGGUAUUGGAGAUAGACCUAAAGCUCCAUGCUAAUAUAGUAACUAUUCUGUAGAGUACACAAUACUUUUUAAUUAAAAAAUGAGGUGUCAGAAACUCGGACACCAGCUUGUAUCAAUUCAAAAAAAUGUGGCAGCUUCAUUAAAACACAAAUGAACAUAUGAAUUACUUUUAGAAUUACAUUACAGUAUGAAUGAUUACAAGCAUAGCAAAAUUUGUUAUACAUGUAUAACAUGUGUAGUUAUUAAUUGUCACAGGCACCUGGAACUCCAGGUUACCAUAUGCAAAACACUUACAGUUCCACUCUGUUUUGCAAAUGUGUGGUUAGACAUCAUAAACUCUACAUUUUGUAACAUUUAGUAUUACUUUGAGAAAAUGUUUGAAAUGUGCUUAAUGGCAAAUUAUUUAUUCUCACUCUUGCCAGCCUUUACCCACGUGGUGCAGGGUUGCCAGCAAUGUUGUUAAUGCCCUAUGUGCCUUCAGAAUUUGAUUUGGGUAAAAAGACAUUCAGUCCACGAGUUGCGCACCAUUUAUGCAUUGCAGGUGAAGGCUUUUCUAUAUUUUUAUAUUUGUCCAGCGCAGAUUUGUUUACACAACCAAAUAAAAGGUUUAGUGCUGCAUCUCAGUUUUCUAAGAUUGCUGUGCCCCGAGUGAGAGGGUUACUGUCCCAGUCUACCAUGAGAAUUAAAUAAACUUUUUUUUUUAGUUGAUAGUGAAAUAAAAAAUGAGGCCAUUAUGACUUUAAAAAUCUAUGGUAAGAAGCUUCCUUCCUUGAAUGUUUAUUUUUAUUUUAUGAAAAUACGUAUAACCAAAAGUACCUUAAUUCAAUUACAAGUCGGCAAAGUUAAUACAAAUACAUAUGUACUUUACUGAAAAGUAAAUUCAAACUUCAAACUAAUUAAAAAAUGAAGAUCUGAUAAUGCAGUACAUGUAGUUGUAUUCAUAGGUUGUGACCAUACAACCUGUUGAGAUCUGUUGGCUUUGGGAGUUGAAUUAAGGUCCUAGUCAACUCCAGUGCUACUACCUGUAUUAUAGUCCUUGAUGCAGUAUUGUUAAAAACCUGUUUGUGUAGAACUAUUUACUGAAAUAAAUGGGAUUUAGUAAA